GCUGCCAACAUUCCCACUGGACUUUGGGCCCAGGCCAGUUGGGUACACGGGGACUGGGGCUGCCAGACGCUCCCCACCCCCCCGCCGCUUUUCAAAGUAACGUGGCUGCUAGGCCGGUGCCUGGCAGAGGCUCCCCGGGUUUGGCUCGCACAGAGGGAAGCGGCUUCCCCCGCGCUCCUUCCAGGGGAGGCUGGAGCCCCAAUUCUGCAGCCUUUGCUCCCGCUGCGGUGAUUGCCGCCGCCUCCCCGCCCGCCCACACCCCUCCCCGGGGACUCCUCUUCCCUGGCAGCGCCCGCUCCGCUUCCUCCUUGGCCCCGCUGCGCGGGCGGGGCAGGUCUCUGGCUCCAGCGCGGCGAGCUCCCCUGGGCCGGUCCCGGCGCGACUCCCACCGCCGGCGGGGCGAGCCCGGCGGCCGCUCUCCUGCCCCCUGGAGGGCGCGAGCCCCGCGCAUGACGCUGAUGCUGGGGAGGCUGCAGCCUCGGUCUGACAGGCUGGAGGCAGUGACUAUCACAUGAGUUCCACAAGGAUAAUGGAUACUAAAUUGCGAGAGGCUGAAGGAUGUGGUGAGGACAAUUCAGGAAAGAAAAAGUCAAAGUUCAAAUCUUUCAAAAAGUUCUUUGGGAAAAGGAAAAGGAAAGAGACCUUACCAUCUUCAGGGAGCAUCACUCUGAAACCAUGCCAGUCAGCUAGUGAUGUCACAGUCCCAGAGUCCAUGCACAUUGACUAUGAUUCUGAAGAUGAACUUGAGACCCACACAGGUAUUAUGGGAAGCAGAGCGUUAUCACAUGACAGCAUUUUCAUUCCUGAGCCUGUGCAAGAGCCUGCUAGGCCCGUACGAGUGUUUUCUCAGGAAAACGUUUCCGAUCGGAUUAGAGCUUUGCAGUUGAAACUCCAACAUAGCAUGAAACUGGGGCCGCCUCCUCCAUUUGGAAUUCAUGCAAAGCGGAUAGAUGAUGCUGGGACUAGCUCUGAAGAUGAUGGGUUACCCAGGAGUCCUCCAGAAAUAUCUUUGCUACAUGAAAUUCUAAGUUCCAGCACAGCAACAAGGUUCUCUGACUCUCACAAGCACCCUAGCUCUUUGAGUUUAGCUGGAACAGGCAGUGAAGAAGAAGAACAGGUCACUUCAGGUCCUUCUUCUAGGCCCCGCUCUACAGAAGGCCAACUAUUCCCUAGGCACGCAAGUGCUAAAACUAUAUCUCCCCGAACAUCUGACAGCAGCAUCUCGCCUGCAGCUGAUUUUGACACUCCGCCUGAAUUCUCCACUUGCUUAGAUAAUUCUGCUGCUAAACACAAGCUUUUAAUAAAACCACGGAACCAGAGAUCUAGUAAAAUGAGAAGACUUCCUUCGCGGACCCACUCAGAGUCUCUGAAUGACUUGAGCUGCACCCCAGAAGAAGAGGAGCACGAUGGAAGAGAGAUGCUGACAGACUUGACAUGUGAAGUCUUCACCACCAGCCAUCAGAAAUUGACACACAGCACAGCUGUGACAAGUGACGUGGCCUCCUGGCAGAGACCUGAAAUGCCUAAAGACUUUCCCCAUGGCUCGAGACACAGAGACGAAAGGCCUCCCACACGGCAGUUCACUUCUGAGUCUGCCAUUGUCCAGGAAGUCUCAUUACAUGAGAAUAAUCCUGACGGCUGUCAAACUACACUGGAAUUAACACAUUCUGAGUCAGAUUAUCCUUCUUCUUUAGAGCCUAAAGAAAACGUAAUCACCCUGUAUCCCCCUCCAGAUAGAGAAGCACAAAGGGAAAAAGAGCCCCCUGGAACACUAAGUGUGUCCACCGGGAACGUAUGUGAUGUGUCAGUUAAUACUUUAAAUCAAGAAAAUAAACAGUUUGUUAAUGGAUCUUCAGUGAAUAAUCUGCUGUCUGAAGAGUAUACUUCAACCAAUACUGGCAGUUUUUCUUGUUUGGGAGGGCCAGAAAAAAAUGUACAGAAGGAUGGUCAGAUACCCAUGGCAACUUCCUGUAAUAAGGAAACAAAGGAGUCUGCAGCAUUGCCAGCUUCCAGCAAGCAGUUACCUGAAGGGUCUUCUCAGCUCACAGACUCACCCUGUGUUUCCUCUGAUAUCCCACAGCCUGCUUUGUCAUCACAGCUGGGGUCAUCUGCUUCCUGGUCUCUGGAGCAAACUACGCCCACUCAAGAACUAGCUGCAUCUGACAAGGAAAACAAUCAGUCCCUGGGACACAGGGAGGCAAUUUUUGGGGAAAAAACGGAGAAAGCUGUCAAUGAACUCAGCACCUUGCGAAAAUUUUCAGUGUCAUCAGCACGGGAGAGACCAGGGGCUGGCAGCCUCCACCUGAAAGAAAACUCAGAAUGUGAAAGUCCAUUAAAUACCAAAUUACCCCUGUCAAAAACCAAGCUCUCCUCAAGAAAUGAGAAGUUGAAAGAGGAUGUGCAGGUGGGCUCGGAUCUACAGGAGGAAAAAAAUAGCAUUAAAAAGCAGGUGUCGCUGGCAGAUUCUGACUCUGAGGUCACGGGCAAAGCAGCAGACACAAUGGUGUCUGGCUGUGUUUCUCAGGCCAUUGAUGCAAUUCCAGUGGUAUCCCAGUGCCAACCAGGCAGUGAAGAUAAAAGUCCUUUUCAAGUAAAGCUUAGGUCCACUUCACUGUCCUUGAAAUACAGAGACAGCUCUUCACCAGAAUCAAAGGGGUUUAAAAGAUACAGUGCAGAAAUUAAUUUUGAAAAAGAGGGAUUGGCAUCACUUCUAAAAGGUGAAAAGGCACAGAUCAAAAAAUCAGCUGAUGUAAAUAUCAAUGGCUCUGUGAAUGACAACAUAAAAUCUAAAACAAAGUCCUCUGAACAGCUUAGCACAAAACCUCCAUUGCCUAGAAAGCCUGUUUUGCAAAAUGUAACUAAUGCAAACAGUAACGUGGAAAAGCAGGAAAAAGUCACAAAAUCUCCUGAAUCCAGAAGUAAAGACAGAGACUUGGAGAAAAAAUCAUGUCCUUCAAAAGUGCCUGAGAAGACUGUGCCUUCCCCAGUGAUUACAGCAGACUCUGCAGUAGGAACUGACAGCCAGUCAAAGCCAGCCUGGAUUACUAUAGCAAGACAGAAGCACAGGGACAUUCAACAGGAGCCAGAGCCUACUAAAGAAGAGAAACUUGUGGCUCAAGAUGUUAAGUCAGACACAGAAAAACAAAAUAAGGAGAAGAAAAGAAUGGAGGGGUCAAUGAAGCAACAAGCAGACUUCAUCAGGAGCAAACCUUCACAUUUAGCACCUAAAACUUCUUCUGAAGAACAGAGGAAUGAGACAAAGUCUGACGUGAACGAGCCACUGCCAAGAGCCAACUCGCUGUCGCAUCAUGUCCCUGCUCAAUCCUCAGUGCUGACAGAGAAAGAAGAAAUGAACCAGUUUAAGAAAGUCAGUCACUCUGCUCCAGAUCAGCCAUCAUGGAUGGAACUUGCCAAAAAGAAAUCCCAAGCUUGGAGUGAUAUGCCACAGAUUAUAAAAUAGGGUGAUACAUCUCAGACCAAUAGUAUAUGCUAUUUUGGAUAAUUCAGUAGUCCAUGUAAUUGAACUUCUGUAGAUUAGUUAAUCACAAUGAAGAAUCUAUGGUACGUCAGAAGGGUUUUGUUAUAAAGCUUUGAAAAAAGAGUGCAAUAAGUGCCGUCAACAAGUUUACCGUAAACCAUCUGUAGCAAUCAGGAUGGUACUAGAAAUGGUUUAAGAAUAAUCUACUUUAGGGACAUACCCACCAACUUAGAAAAACAUUCUGCCUAUAUACAUUGUGUAUUCCCCCCAAUUAAAUUUGCAUAAAAUGAGUAUUUUUGUUAAAUCUUGUUGAACUUUUUGUUGCAAACAUUGUUACACCGCUCAUUAUCUAUUUGUGUAUUGUCCACUAUCAGAUCAUGAUAAUAUAAAUCUGUUUUACUGGUGUUAUCUGACAGACACUCUUUAAAGAUGCUUGGGCCAAUGAGGUAUUCAUGACUUGUUUUUAUUGAGUACUCUAUCAGAUAUUCAGAAUUUGCUGUUUGAACUGUGUGAUUGGUUAGCUGAGUCACAUGGUAUGGUUUCUGUCUUCUGAUUUAAUUCCUGAGGCAUAAAUAAACUUGUUUGUGCAUGAAAAUUAAUAAAAAUUCCUCCUGAAAUACUUGCCUGAACAAAACUGGCUGCACAAACGGGCACAGAAAAGCAGAGGAAACAAAUGUGUUCGGAUUGAAUUGGAAUCCCAUGUAUGUAUUCAUGAAUGCUCGUGUCUAGAAUUCACCCAGAUGCGGGUGUUCUGUUUUUUAUGGGAAUUCAUCAUGUUGGUUUGUGGCACCAUAUUUAGUGGCAAUGGAUCUGUUUAUGAUAUCAAAGAUGAAGAUUAUGAAUUCAGAUAAAGAUUAACGAGUCAGGGUAUGGGACUUGUUGAGCCCAAACUCAAAUGUUACAAAACCAGGAACAGAACAGUUAAGGUGCUUCUUCAAAUACAAUACAACCUCACAGCCUUAACUCUGCCCUCAUCUGAAUGGCAAAAGGGAGUGGGAAUAGCACAGUAUGUUUACAAGCUGUAAAAAUACUAUUUUCAUUGUGCCCACUGCUACUUCAAAUCAGGAUCCCUGUUUAUGCAGUUUCAUGGGCACCUCUGCUGGUUGUGUAGCAACAUUGACACGGGGAAGUGGUUGCUGCUGGUUGGUAGAUAUCACGCUGACCUUAUUGUACUUCCUCUCUUCCUGCUGUACAAUCACAAAGAACCUAACAACAAUCCAUUAGGAAAUUUCCUAAAAUUAGUAUCCUGCUGUUAAGGGAAACAGUCUCUCCUCCCAUAAAAACACUAGAGCAGCGGUUCUCAGACUGUGGAUUGGGACCCCAAAGUGAAUGGUGACCCCAUUUUAAUGAGGUCACCAGAGCUGAAGCUUCAGCCCUGGGUGGUGGGCUCAGGUUACAGGCCCCCUGCCUGGGGCUGAAGCCCUUGGGCUUGGGCCCUCCACACCCAGGACAGUGGGGCUUGGGCUCCCCCCUCCACACACACACCUGGGGCAGUGGGACUCAGGUAGGCUCAGGCUUCAGUCCUCCCUCUUGGGAUCAUGUAGUAAUUUUUGUUCUCAGAAGGGGGUCGUGGUGCAAUGAAGUUUGAGAACCCCUGCAAUAGAGCAAGCCUGGGUGGUUGUGCUGUAUGUGUUUAGCGGCACCUUGAUGUUCACUUCCUAGUUUUUAUAAAUUUGUGGUUUGUUUUUUCCUGCCAGACUAAUAUUCUUUUAAGGGAUAUGUAGGGAAACCGUAACUUAGAAUGUCCUUGUUUUCUAAUCCAUGAGUCUGAGAUUUUGAAAUCUCAUGUUUCGUAAGGGUCUGGGGAGCAGAAGGCAAUAUGUGUUUUAAUCAACUUUAAUGAAGCAUUUGUAAGUCAAUUUAGAUAAAGAAUAAGGCACUGGCAUAUAUAAACAUGUGAGAUAAAUAAGCUGUUUUCAUCAUAUCUCUUUAGUACUAGAAAAUGAGGGAAAUAAAACAGCAUAUAUGGGUAAAAAGUAUGUUUUUGAAGAUUUUCAAUUUGGCGUUAGUUGCUCUUUAGAGAUUCUAGUAAGUGUACAGUACAACUCAUGUAUUUAAAGAAUAAAAACAGAAUAGAGCUUUUGUUAAAAAGGUAAAUGUCAUCAUUUGUAUCACAGAAUUUAAAAUAUUUGUCAGUCUUUUGAAAACAUAAAUAUGAAUCUGCUGUUAA